GUAAACACCAACGAAGAAGACGGAAGGCUAUAAUUUCAGUCAGGCAGCAUUGAGGAGUGCCAUAUAAAGGAGUGUUGGGUCCUUACCUCUUUCUUUUUUCCGGACCCGUCGUCCGUUAAACAAGGAUAGGUUAACCAGCAGACCUUUGGUCUCCAAGAAGCUGACAUCAUGACGAACACAAGAGGCAAGAGGAGGGGGACGAGAUACAUGUUCGCCCGGCCCUUCCGUAAGCAUGGCCCUAUCCCCCUGUCCACGUACAUGCGCAUCUUCAGGAAAGGAGAUAUUGUUGACAUAAAGGGAACCGGAACCAUCCAGAAAGGAAUGCCCCACAAGUGCUACCAUGGCAAGACCGGUCGUGUAUACAAUGUCACCCAGCAUGCCUUGGGUAUCAUUGUAAACAAGCAGGUCAAGGGCAAGAUCCUGGCCAAGAGAAUCAACGUGCGCAUCGAGCACAUCAAGCACUCAAAGAGCCGGGACAGCUUCCUGCAGCGCGUGAAGGAAAACGAGAAGAGGAAGAUCGAGGCCAAGCAGCAGGGCACCUGGGUGGAGCUGAAACGGCAGCCAGCAGCCCCACGUGCUGCACACUUUGUCACCACCAAGAACAAUGAGCCCCAGCUCCUGGAGCCCAUCCCGUAUGAGUUCAUGGCAUAGUGCUCGAAUAAACAGAUUAAUACACUCUC